AGACAAUGACAUUCCGUUUCUAUUUUAUAAUUGUUUGUAUUAUUAAUUUAUAUUAUCUAAUAUCGGCUGAAGAAAAACAAAUAGCACCUUUACCUAAGCACGUACUUCCGUCCGGUCGUGUAUUACCACCAAUAGGUUUCGGUACAUUUGGAUGGGGAACACAUUUGAAUGGUCUGACAUCAUAUUUGUCGGCAAUCGAUAACGGGUACCGUUUAAUCGAUACGUGCAGUUUCUACGAUAACAAACUUACAAUAGGUCUGGCCGUCAAACAACAAAUUGCUGCCAAACUGAUCACCCGAAAGGAUGUGUUUAUAAUCAGUAAAAUCUGGAAUACAUUUCACAAAAGUCAAAGUGUUGUCGAAAACAUUAGGGAAGACCUAAAAGAAUUGGGUUUUGACCGAAUCGACGCCGGAUUACUUCAUUAUCCGACUUCAUUUCAACCGGGAAUUAACAAAACACCAAAAUUUGAAAACGGCUCGUAUGUACCAAUGUUUUGGGAGAAAGAUAAGGGAUAUCUAGAGGCCUACCGGGGUCUUGAAGCUGCCUUUCUAUUGGGUCUAAUAGGAAGUAUAGGAUUGUCUAACGUUAAUGUACAUCAAAUCAAUAAGAUCUUAGAGAAUGCAUAUAUACGACCAGUCAUAUUAGAGAUUGAAUGUCAUCCGUUUUACAAAAACGAAAAACUAAUUAAUUUUGGUAAACAAAACAAUAUGUCAGUCAUAUGUUAUGCACCGCUGAGGGGUGGUUCGCAAGAGCUCAAGAAUAACCCGGUGCUCAAAGAGAUAGCUUCCAAACACAACCAAAAUGUACAACAGGUAGCCCUGCGCUGGAAUAUGCAAAGGGGAACCAUUGUUAUCCCCAGAUCUCACAAUAAGAUCCAUCAAUUGGAGAACAUUAAGUCUCAAAAUUUUGUAUUGGAUGAAAAUGACAUGGACAAAAUUAACAAUUUACCUGAUCUCAAAAAAUUGAUGAAUAUUAGUGGCCUACAAACUCAUCCGGACUAUCCAUUUGGACCGGGAUAUGAUACUGAACCUUAA